UUGAAAGUCUGCAUAUAUGCAGUGGCUUGUGAUAUUUGGGAAUUUGGUUAAAUUCGGAUUUCGAUAUACAAAUAUAUUUUAGGAGAAAAAUGUUUAAUGAUUGUAUACCGAUAAAAGAUAUAAAACCGGGUCUAAAAAAUAUAAACGUUGUGUUUAUAGUACUUGAAGUAGGAGCACCCACAUUAACAAAAGAGAAUCGGGAAGUAAGAAAUUUCAAAGUGGCAGACCAAACAGCUUCUAUAAAUGUUUCAGUGUGGGAUGAACCUGGAAAGUUACUUGUACCGGGAGAUAUAGUGAGGCUAACCAAAGGUUACGCUUCCGUUUGGCGGCAAUGUCUAACAUUAUAUUCAGGCAAAAAUGGUGAGAUUUUAAAAAUAGGAGAAUUUUGUAUGACUUUUAACGAACAAUUGAACAUGAGUGAACCAAAACGUUCAGAAAUACCAGGAACAAUCCCUAAUGUUAUGGGUGCUGCACAAAUGCCUGGUACCCCGAUGGUUAUCAACAACAACAAUAACGGUUCUUCUAAUAAUGGAAACUCUGUGAUGCAAAGGAGUUCUUUGACUACUGUUCCAUCCACUUCAAAUAACACACAAAUAAAUUCAGUAACUUCAAUAACUGGACAAACAAAAUUAGGGUCUCAAAUAACACCACCUUCAGCAUCAUCAUUAUCAUCAUCAUCGUUGGCUUCCACGACUUCACAAACCUCGUCAAGAUUACAGACAAAUUCUGUAUCUAACGAGCCAUCAAAACCAUCACAACAACAGCAGUCGCAAACUAUUAAUCAAGGGAAAGCAAAUAGAAGUGUGAGGACUCAACAAAAUCGUUCUAAUAUCAAAGCGUCAGAGAGGAGGUAAUUUUAAGUUGUAGAAUAAUAAUAAAAAAUGUAUUUGAAAAAAAAAAUGAUUGUUAUGUUAAGGUGGUUAGGUAUGAUAUAAAAGAAAAAAAUAGUAAUUAAUUAAAAUUAAAUAUGUAAUUUUUUAUAUCAAUACGUAGCAAAUAAGUACACUGUUUUAAAAUAAAUUUUAUUAAAAAAAUCAAAUGUAUUGAAA